AUGAAUGAUUUUUCUGAAUUUUAUUCUGAUUUUUCUAUUCUCUGUAUUUUCUACCAUGGCUCUCUGUGUUUAAGAAUAAAGAUUUUCAAUUUUGGUCUUUUGGAAUCCUAUGUGAACUUCUACAAUGCAACUCUCACUUGUCCGGAUUUUUUUAAAUGUCUUGGUUAUUUCGGUCCACGCCAUGCUAACCAUGUGCCUCCAGGCAUGUCAAUUCCACAUUGUGGGACAUCCAACGUAGAGUGUGAUCCGCUGCCUAUGCAACGAUGUUUGUGCAAACGAGACGGAUGCCUUAUACGGUCGAUAUAA